UUUCCUUGAAUACACGAUUCAGUUUAGAGAUCUAUAGCUUAUUUUAUCACGUAAUGGUUCACCUGUAAUAGACAAGAAUCUGCUCGGCUGGCUGCCGAAUACAUCUUUGUCGCGUCAUAUAAGUCAAUUUUUUUUUUCAAUUUAAUUUAGUAACUAAAACUUUAAUUAUGCUUAUAUCCGCAUAAAGCGUAGUAGAGAUAAAGACAUACAUAUUAUGUUUCUUCAGUUACAAUGUUAUUAUUUGUUAAUACAGUUACGUCAUCAUUAUAACUUGUCUACAGUUUUUUCUAACUAUGCUUUCGUAUAGAUAAGCUAUCAAAGGUAACAGUCAUCUUAAUUUUUUACAGUAGCGGUUAAUUGAUCGACCUGUGCACACAAUUAGCGACGCGUGCGCAUAGUUCCUAGUGUAUUAAAAAUGAGAGUCCUUCUUGUUUUGUGUUCUUUAUUUUUGUUAAUAGAUUAUACAACAUGUCAAAAUACUACGGUCGAUCUAGAAUGUCCGUCCCUGGAAAAUGGAGAUACAUACACACAAUCGGAGUUUCUCUCCCGGCUUGCUCACACGUGUCGCUACGACCACCUCCUACUGCCGACCUAUGAAACCCGCGACGUUGUCUAUGUUCACGCCAGUGCUUAUAUAUACGUCAUUCAACCAGCUGAUGCUCAUGAUUUGAACUUUAAGCUACACUUUCUUCUUCAAUUGCGAUGGACAGAUCCAAGAUUGGCCUAUUUACCGUAUUCCCCAGAAAGGGAGAAGAUUAUUGGUGAAGACGACCUCCGAUCUCGCGUUUGGGCACCGCACUUAUACAUUCCCAACGAACAAUCGUCCAAUUUGAUGGGUACUGGUAGGAAGGAUGUGCUUAUAUCGAUAGCGCCAAAUGGAGAAGUGCUGUUCAGUCGGCGGAUGCAGGGUGUUCUGUAUUGCUGGAUGAACCUUCAGAAAUUUCCAUUUGAUGUGCAGACAUGUUCUCUGAAUUUAGAGAGCUGGAAAUACAACGCGUCCAUUCUACGCUUGAUGUGGGAGGUUGAUAAUCCCGUUCGGCUAUCUUCAGAGCUGCAUUUGACAGAAUACUCUCUGCUCGACUAUUGGACCAAUGAGUCUGUUGUUCGAGGAGAUAUUAUUAACAUGAGAUUGGGUGGAGCGGGUAACUACAGUGCUUUGAAAUUUACAUUCAAAUUAAGCCGAGAGGUCGGUUACUACUUAAUGGAUUAUUUCAUCCCUUCUAUGAUGAUCGUAGCCAUGUCAUGGGUCUCAUUCUGGUUGCAAGCUGAUGCUUCACCUCCACGAAUCACACUGGGUACAAGUACCAUGUUGUCGUUUAUCACUCUGGCAUCAUCUCAAGCUAAAACUCUUCCAAAGGUUUCAUACAUCAAAGCAAGUGAAAUCUGGUUCUUAGGCUGCACUGGUUUCAUUUUCGCAGCCCUUGUUGAAUUCGCAUUCGUCAACACUAUUUUCUACAGGAAGAGUGUUGCUCCUUUGAAGAAAGUCAACAGUAAAUAUAUACUAAAGAGUACGUUAACUCCGCGGCUGGCACGUAAAGCUCUCCAGAAAGAGAUAGAAGAAUCAUCACCACAGCUAAGCAAGUCUCGCUCAUGUUCUUCACUGUCCCAGGAUACUAAUAAUGAUCCAGCAGGAAUGGGAUACAACCAUUAUCUUACGGUUCAUAGCUUCCCAUCAGCAAUAAACGUGCCAACAAUUACAACAGAGAGCUACGACGAUUUAAACACCAGACAGUCACCAGGAAGGCGACACCUUAACUCCGGUAGUGAAAACUCCGAUGAGCCGCCACCGCAUCAUACAUGGACAGAGAUGACGCCCAAGGAAAUUGCUGCUUGGAUCGAUAAACGCUCUAGAGUUCUAUUUCCCUUACUAUUCUUAUGUUUUAAUAUACUUUACUGGACGUUUGUCUAUUGUCUUUAAAACAUAUCGAAAAUUAAAUUUGUCGAUAGUAAAUGGGCACAGGUUGAGAUUUUAAAACGAUAGACGAAUAGAUUGCGAAGUCCGUUCCAUGGUUUACGACAUGAUGUCAUGAUAACGUUUGUAAUUGUUUGGUGUUAUAUGUUUAGUCUUGUCUUUUAUUUUUUAGUCUCAACACCCUGCUCCUUUGAAUGGCCUUUGGAUAUAAGGCCGAUAAGCGACGUAAUUUCUAAGUGCACUAAAAAUGCUUGAAAUAUUUGUAGCAGUUUUUGUAUUUAAUUUAAUCUCAGCGAUAUAGUCACAGUUUGAAUAUCAUAGAUUUAGGCUGAAUUUAGUGUCACGCCGACCGCACGCGCACCGUCGGCGCUGAUGGUCGAGUUAUAUGAACUUCUAGGAAGCGUUUUUGAAUGACGCGUAGCUUUCAGCACGCCUCUGCUUUCAGAGAGCGUGUACACUCAUGGCAAAAAAUGUCACGGCACGAAGUGGAUACAGGUCGAGUUAUCGACGAGGUACGCCUAAAGAAGAAAUUGUGGGAUGCAUCCGAUCCACUCUACGAAAAUAUCUUGUUGAGAUUUGAAAGUAAUUAAAGAAUUUACUUUCGUCAGCCCUCAAAGUGCCAUAUAACCAGAAAAAGUCACCUGCAACGGCUCUCUGCUCAAUCAAAGGAUGAACAUAGAGUCUUCGUCGUCGCCGGUUUUUAUUUUUUAGAGAUAGGUAGUACAAAGCAGCAAUAACUAAUACACUCCGCAUUUUGGUCUUCGUCUGUACGGUAAGGCGGUCAGUACGAUACUGAAACGAACCACGCUGAGCGUCAGCGCUGACGAACUACGCGCCGAUCUAUGAGCGCUGACGGUGAGCGUGAGACUAAAUUCAGGCUUAGUUGUAGUAAAGUUGUUAUUAAGUUUUCAAUGCAAUUUUAGAAGUCGUUUAUAAUUAGGUACUCCUUGAUAUUCGUAUUUAU